AUGAGCAAGCUAACGUGGCAGAGUGCGCACCUCGGCCCGCACUCGGACAUUGUGUUCCACCCGACGGGAGAGGCUGUGGUGAGUGCUGGAUCGGAUGGCUUUGUGAGAGUCUUUGCUCCGCCUACGGCGGCGGCAGCGACCGUGGAGAAGGAGAGCAAGAACUCGGACAUUACCGCCCUCGCCAUGUCGCCGGAUGGCAGUCUGGUAGCGACGGGUGCGACGGACAAAAAGGUCACCAUCUGGUCGUGGCCGGAGAUCAAGUUCCAGUCGUUUGCCGCGAGGUUCACGGCCUCCAUCUCGGCCCUCGCCUUUUCUCCGUGUGGACUCUUCCUCGCCGUCGCUGCUGCCGAGUCGACGGUCAAGAUCGUGCCGGUCGGCGACAUGAGCUCGGCCAACUGCCUCCGCAACCACGCCGGGCCUGUCCGGGCCCUGGCGUGGUCACCCGACUCCAAGCUUCUGGCCACCGUCGCCGACGAUGGCGCCGUCCAGGUGUGGGACGUCGAGGCCAAGAGUGUGGUGACGAGCAUGGAUCUGCUGCCGGCGACCAACUCGUCGUCGCAUGGCUCGAAGGAGGAGCAGGCGGCGAGUCCGGCGACGCUCGGGCGCGGCGGCAUCGCCUUUUCACCCGACGGGACCCUGCUUGCGGUCUCGGGCGAGUCCUCGCUCCGGCUCUACCACACGGCGACGUGGACGCUGGCCAAGACUUUGGACCGGGCACACAAGGACUCGCUGGUCUCGUUUGUUCGCUUCUCGCCCAACGGGUUGUACCUACUCUCGGCGUCAUACUCACCAGCGGGCAACAGCACGUCGGUGGCGGUGUGGGAUGUGAACCUCGGCGAGGCCAUCGACGUCCGUGCCAUCGAAAAGGGCAAGGCCGUCAUCGGCGCCCAGUGGUCGCCUGUCGACGCCACCGUGGCGCUCAUCAACGAGACCGGCGAGCGCACGCUGUGGCUCGACCCGGUGCCAAGCCAUCUGCCGCAUCCUGUGACCCGCCCGGGCUCAGGCGCGGGCAAGAGCGCGGCAGCCGCUCCUGCGGUAGCACCUGCCGCGAUGGCUGACUCGGGCCUUGCAGACUUUUCCACCGUCUCGGACACCGCGGUCAUUGCCCGCCCGGCCGAGAUCAGCGCCGAGCUGGAGAAGAACACGGUGGCGGUCGGCUCGCGGCUCCGACGCAAGGUUGUGCUCGACGACUCGGAGUCUGGUGACGACGACGAUGACGACGAUGCCGCCGGGAGCGGCGACGGCGAGUCGGGUCGCUCGCUCCGCGACCGGGCUCCGGCGCAGACUUCGUCGGUCCUCUCCAAGCUGUUUGCCAUGACCGAAGGCGGCGACUCGUCGUCGUCGGACGACGAGGACGAGGCACAGGCGCAAGCGGGCGCGGGCACUUUGGCCGGCGAAGCGUCUGGGAGGAUGGCGAUGGACGUGGUGCCGUCUUCGACGACGUCUGCCGUGGUCACGGUUCCGCACCAGGCGGCGAUCCAGCCGGGCUCGACGCCCGAGGACGAGAAGCGGCGGUUCCUCUGCUACAACUUUACCGGGUGGAUUGUGGCGCGGAACGAGGGGACGUACAACGACAUCCAGAUCGACUUUGCGGACACGACCAAGCACAAGCGGAUCCGCGUGACGGACCACCACUUUUUCCGGUUGGGGACGCUCAACGAGCUCGGGGCAUUCUUUGCGUCGCGCGCGGACGCUGCGGGCGACAUUCCGGCGGUGCUCUCGUACCGGCCUUUUUCGUCGUGGACGACCGACUCGGAGUGGUUCGUGCAGCUGCCUGCGGGCGAGGACCCGGUGGCCAUUGGCAUCGGGCACAAGUGGGCGGCGGCGGCGACGUCUGCCAACCUGCUGCGGAUUUUCUCGUACGCCGGGCUCCCGCUAGGCGUGCUUGCGCUGGCGGGUGCGCCGAUUGCGGUGGCUGGGGCGGGUGACGCGCUGGCAGUGGUGUACGCGGCAGCGAGCGGGAGCCUGCGGUACACCGUGUACUCUGUGGAGACCGCAAGCGCGACCGAUGGCGGUGACUUGCCGCUCUCGCCGGGCUCGACGCUGACCUGGAUCGGGUUCUCUGACAUUGGCGAGCUGGUGACGACCGACAGCGCGGGCGUGAUCCGGGCGCGGACCUCGGCGUGGGGCUCGGCGUGGCUCCCGAUUGGCUCGCUGGUGGUGGCUCCGGCGGCCGACGAUGAGAGUGUGGGCAAGGGCAAGAGUAAGAGCAAGUCGCGGCGCCGGAAGCGCAAGUCUGUCUCGUUUGGCCCGGUAGCGGCAGACAGCCUGUGGAUGGUGGGCAUUCUCGAGUCUGCGGCGAUGGUGGUGCGUUGCAAGGGCGCGGCCGAGUACCCGCCAACGCUCCCGCCGCCGCUUCUGGAGCGGCGUGAGCUCAAGAUGCCGGUGGUGGCAGCGUCGGGCGCGGUCGGCCUCGAGUCUGCGCGGCUCCUCGCCGAGACGACGCUGGUUGCCGUCUCGGACCUGCUCGCCAGCCCACGGGCCGGGUACCUCGGAUUGAGCGUGGUGGAGCUCGAGGCGCGGGCGGCGAACCGGACGGCGGACGUGGACAAGAACACGCUGCGGCUGUUCCGUCAGGAGCUGCUUGCCGGCCACCGGCUGCGGGCGCUGGAUCUCUUCACCCGGCUCCGUGAGCGGACGGCAGCGAACAUGGCACUCGCGCUGGCGCAGAAGCACAACAUGCCUGCGCUCGCGGACCGGAUGGCGGUGGCACUCACCACCAAGUUUGCGCCCAAGCCGGCGGCUGCUCCGCGGUUUGCGCCACAGCGGGCGACGUUCCAGAAGCCCAAGCCGCGCAAGCGCGCGUCGUCGGCAGCCGACCCCAAUCUUUCGCCGAUCAAGGCGCUCAAGACGAUCAACGGCGCGCGUGGAGCCGCCGCCUCCGGCGACGGCGACGAUGAUGACGACGACGACGGUCCGACCCAGGGCUACCGGCCGCCGCUGACGCCGGCGCACUGA